ACCAAACUAGAUCAUCACCCUCUGAUUGCCCUCAAUGUCUCCAUCACCACAUUCCCAGACAGCUACCCACAUCCUUAGUCUCGCCAACUACACAUCCCAUCACCUCGUUCCACUCACCCCGAAGCCCUCCACUCCACUCCUACCCUCCUCUCUCCGCCUCCGUACCGUCAUUAUCAGUCUGACAACGAACAACCUCUCCUACGCACGCCUCGGCCAUCUAAUGGGCUGGUACUCUACGUAUCCGCUCCCCACUACGACACCCGCUCCGUAUGACGAUUCUGCAAGGUACGGCCGCGUUGCAGCAUGGGGAUAUGCCGAGAUUCUAGAAAGCACUGUCGAAGGCAUUGAGAAAGGAAUGAGCGUAUAUGGCUAUCUUCCCAGUAGCACAGAGUGGGAGGACAUAACUGUAGAAAGGGCUAAAGAUGUACGGGAUGGUAGUGUGAUCGACGACCAAGUUAUUGUGACAGACGCACAUAGACAGCAUCUGUGGAAGAUCUACAACCGGUAUCGGAUUUGUGGUCCGCUUCCUAAGAUGGCUGAUCAGACUGAGCAAAAAGACGAGUUGGGCUGGAGUGCGCUGAUGAUGGGUCUUUUCACAGUUGCGCAUAACCUCUGCAAUUAUGUUUUCCCUCCACAGAAAGUAGAUGGAGGGACGAGGGAACAGACGAGCCGGAUACAUCCCACAGGAAAUGGGGAGUGGAGCGUCGAAGACGCGGACUUGAGAGAUGCGACGGUUGUUGUGCUAAAUGCGAGUGGCAAGACAGCAUCUUGUUUUGCGUAUGUUCUUCGACACUGUCGACCCGCUGAGCACCAACCUGCCCGUAUCAUCGGCAUUGGAUCUACAGCCUCCAUUGAGGUCAUCAAGAGAACUGGAUGGUACGACAACGCAGUUCUCUAUGACAAUUUCGACGAUACUGCCAUGGAGAUCAAAAACUCGAAUUCGAAACGUAUCGUUUUCUUCGAUUUUGGCGCCCGACCUGGAGCAAACGCGAAAUGGCGAUCCGCUCUUUCUUCACUCUCGCCCACUGUCCCUUUCACACGAGUGACAGUUGGUGGUGAGGUCGCACCUCAAGAUCCAGAAAAGGCCACGCAACGACUCGCUAACAGAGCUUCCUUGAACAUUGUCAACGCGGGCUUGUUGCAAGAAAAGGGUAUUGAGACUGCUGGAGGCAUGUAUUUUGAUAAUGUGUAUGCUGCGUUUCAGGUGUUCUGGAGACAGGCCAGAGAGGUAGGAAUGUUGGAGUUGAAGUGGGGUGAGGGGCUAGAGGACUGGGAACGAGGCUGGGAGAUGCUAUGUAGGGAUGAGGUCAAAGCUGAUGUGGGCCUGGUGUACAGUAUUUAGGUGUUUCACCUACUGUUCUCAUAUGGCUCUCUCGACCGCAAGGCGGGAAGAAUCUAGCCAGGUCUUCCAGGAUAUGCGUAAUGUUUCAGUGGAGGUGAAGACUUUAGCUGACAACGCAUGUUGGGCAUCUGUAAGCUGCAUCAUUGAUAAGAUUUCCUGUAAACGAUACCAUCUUGUAUGAUGGGCUAUCUGAGACCACUGGGCAGAGCAAAGUACUUCGGUCUCGGCCUUUCGCUAAUGUUAGCAUGAAACGUAAUUGCAACAAAAUCCAUCCAACGGUCCAAGGUAUCCACUCUAAAACGUGUGCUGAGAAG